GAGUUGCGAAGCGACUCUCUCGUCGGCUCGUCACACGCGCGAACCCACUCGCCGGCCACCGAGAUGGCGCCGCCGCGGCCUUCGCCGGCGGCGAGGCUGCUGAGGGAGUACGGGUGGGACCUGCUGCUCGGAUCGAUUGCCGCGUUCUACGCCGUCAUGGUGCCCUACACAAAGGUGGAGGAGAGCUUCAACGUGCAGGCCAUGCAUGAUAUUCUGUACCACAACUAUCACAUUGAGAAGUAUGAUCAUUUAGAAUUUCCUGGUGUUGUCCCUCGGUCAUUUAUAGGAGCAUUGGUCGUAUCUGUUAUAUCAUCACCUGCAGUCUUCAUAAUGCAUUUAUUUCAUAUUCCAAAGGUUUAUGGUCUUCUAGCAGUUCGAAUGAUGUUGGGUAGUAUUACCCUGAUAACUUUGAGACUUAUCCGAGUUCAGGUAAAAAACAAGUUUGGUCAUCAUGCUGAAGCAUUCUAUGUGAUGCUAACUGCUACCCAGUUUCACUUGUUGUUCUAUUCAACUCGCCCCCUUCCAAAUAUAUUAGCUUUAGCUUUCGUUAACUUGACAUACUACUUCUGGUUCAAGGGAAACUACUUACGCACAUUACAGGCUCUGAUUGUUGCAGCAGUUAUUUUUAGGUGUGACAUGAUUCUGCUGCUUGGUACAAUAGGGCUUGCACUUUUGCUGAGCAGGUCUAUUUCUCUAUUGGAAGCAGUCAAAUGUUGCGUAAGCACUGCCAUUAUAUGCAUUGGCUUCACUGUACUGGUUGACUCUAUAAUGUGGCGGCGAAUCCUGUGGCCUGAAUUUGAGGUUUUGUGGUUUAAUUCGGUUCUGAACAGGAGUUCAGAGUGGGGUACACAUCCCAUCCAUUGGUACUUCACCUCAGCACUUCCACGAUCCAUGCUUGUAGCAUAUCCUCUUUCUGUGGUCGGUGCUUCACUUGACAGAAGGAUAGUGAAGUACAUACUUCCAGUCUUCUUGUUUGUUAUACUUUAUUCAAAACUUCCGCAUAAGGAGCUCCGUUUCAUUAUUGCUUCAAUCCCCAUGCUUAAUGUAUCUGCUUCACUAGCAGCAAGCAGAGUAUAUAAUAACAGAAAGAAAGCUGGGUGGAAGUUACUUUAUGUUCUCAUGAUUGGUGGCUUUCUUGCCAGUCUAGGAUACUCUUCUGUAACCUUCAUGGCAUCUUACAAUAAUUAUCCUGGUGGAUAUGCUCUAAAGGCUCUACAUGAAGCAGAUUCUUUGAUGAAGGAAAAAACUGUUCAUAUUGAUGCCUUCACCGCAAUGAGUGGAGUUUCUCGGUUCUGUGAAAGUGAAUAUCCUUGGAGAUAUUCCAAGGAGGAAGAAAUUUCCAUCGAGGAAUAUCAAGAACGAAAUUUCACAUAUCUGCUGAAUGAACACCGCCACAUCAGUGGCUACAAGUGCUUGUUUGCCGUGGAUGGAUUCUCCAGAGCGAAAAUUCAACCUCGAAUCCCACCACUCUCACUGGUGAAAGAGCCAAAAGUGUUUGCACAUGGGAAUACGAGAGAUCCUGAUAUUCUUUCGUUGAAUUGGCCUGGUUGCCCUUGAGGUGAGGACAUCGAUCAGAUCUCUACCACAGGACCACUGAUUGCCAAUUGUGAAGAUACCCAGCCUGUGUAAAUCACUGGAUCGAGCCCUUCCCAAACCCCCCAGCUCAGAAGAUACUACACCCUGCCCACCUUGAGCCAUUUCCAGGGUAAAGGCUCACAAUUUAGCGUAAAAAACUCGCGUUUUUAUGUCGAAAGCAUGUGCUUCGGUUUCUGACCCCGUUGCUCGUAUCUGGUGGCUACAAGGGGGGUAAAGAAAAACUAAAAAAGAGGAGGAAUAGGAGGGACCAUAACAAUCUUGUGCUCUAGCAAGUUGCUCCAUUUCAUACAAGUAUCCGCAUCUACAUUACGUCAACCCACUUGUUGUAUAG